CUGUAUCUUAAUAACGAAGGAGGACACAGGUUAAGGAGAGGAAGAGGCGCUCAAUCCCACCCAAAACUACAGCCCCCAUAGUCCCUUGCAAAUAUCCCCCGGCAUCCUCCGCAGCCCUAACCUCCCCAGAUUGGAGCAACCGAGACCUGCCACUUGGCGGAAUAGAUCUGGGCGCUGAGCGGGUGGCGCCUGGACGGCGGCUUGCAAAGGUUAGGCUGGGCUCGGGGUGGCGGUGCCAUGCCAAGCCCCGGAGAGAGAUCCGGGAGCCAGCAGGCAUUGGCGUGCGCGCUUCUGUGAGAGCUGCCAGUCAACAAUCACUGCUGGGAAAAGCUGGCUUCCGGAUGCGCCCCCCGUACAUUCUUAGAGCUGAAGUGAUAAUAUCUGUAUGUAUGCCCAGGAGCUAGGUGCAAAAGGGGGUUGGUUUGCCUGUGCUGAAUACUUGGGGAUUCCCUCUGCUUAUAAUGUUCUAGGAUUCACACGCCUUUAAAUGUGGAAGGUUUCUGUUUUGUUUUGUUUUUAAAGCAGCCAGCAUCUGAAAACGACUUAGCUGGGGCUUUUGGGAUAGAUCAGUUGUGUCAGUAAAGUGGCAAGCUGUCUUGAGCACUUUGUGCAAGCAGUGUAAUUUACUGGUUUUAUUUAGCAAAAUUUAUAUGCCGCUUGAUUCUGAUACGACCUUUAAGCAGUUUACAAGAAAUAUUAACAUUAUCAAUAAGGCCAGCGAUAAAGCAAAUAACUGUAGCAUUUAUAAUAUAAUUAAAAUCAGCAGUAAAAGAUUAGAGCACAUCAAUGUCUACAUGUUGUCUGGUAGGCUUGCCUAAACGAAAAUGUUUUAAGCAGAGGCCAAAAGAGAAUACUGGGAAUUUCCAGGAAUUUCUGGAGGGGAAAAGGGGUCUCCUAACUACUCUCAGGAUGCUUAGCAAACUACAGUUACUAGGAUUCCUUUGGGAAAGCCAUGACUGUUUAACGUGGUAUGCUACUACUUUAAAUGUACAGUGCAGGGGGAGCCCUUAUCAGAGUUUAAGGACACAUCUCAGUCAGGAGAAGGCAUGGCUGCCCCGAGGAGAAUCCCAAGGGCCAGGUAGAAAGGCUUAGAGAGCCACAUCUAGUCCUUGGACCUGAGGUUCUCAUGUCCUAACCUAUGCAUUCCUAUUCACAGAUUCUGUUUCUCAAAUGCAAAGUUAACAAUUGAUUAAUAAUACUGUGUGUCCUUAACAGCUUAGGAGCUGCUUGAGAUAUGACUAAUUUGGGGGUUCAGCCGCUUUGUAUGGAAAGUUAUGGCUCUCGCAGUGCUCAGCACUACCGGGCCUUGCCUGAUGGGAGGCUAGACUGCAUUCCGGACGGACCUCAAAAUCAAGGAUUCCGUUCACUGCGGGAGAUCUUCAUGGUGAGAAAACAGCUUCUGUUGGUUUGUGUUUCCAAAAGGCUCCUGAAUGUUGUAUAUGCGAAUUAUUUAUUAAAUUUCUCUCUCUCUCUCUCUCUCUCUCUGUGUGUGUGUGUGUGUGUAUGAGAGAGAGAGAGUGUGUGUUUGUAUAUGGACACACACACACACAAACGUCCAUUGUCCCUUUGUGUUUUUGCAGUACAGAUUUAGCAGAGUGGAUGGAAGGACUGUUUGGUGAUAGUGGUUUAGGAAGAAGAUACUGGAGUGAUGGGAUGAAGGAUGCCUUGGUGUGUGUGUGUGUGUGUGUGUGUCUCAGGUGUGGGAGCAGAAAGGGAUAAGUGAUACCAGAUGCAUCAUGGACGCUGCAUGAUUUGUGUUUCUGAAGAAGGGAAAUUGGUUGGGAACAGAUGUAGGACAGAAUUUGGGGGUGAUGUGUUAUCUGUCAGUGGGAGCGAGUGCUGCGUAUUAUGCCAGGUUGUGUCUUGGCAGGAAGGAGGGUGAAGAGGAAAAGCAUCCCUGACUCUUAAAAGAUGUUUUCAAAAUGCUCAGCAUGCAAACCGUCUUCCCAGCGAACUCUGGUUAUUGUAGCUCUGGGAGGGGAAUAAGCAUCUUGUAGCAGCUCUCAGCACCACUAAUAAACUACAGUUCCCAGGAUAGGAUUCUUGGGGGAAGCCAUGACAGUUAAAGGGGUAUCAUACCGCUUGAAACAUACUGUGUGGCCUUAAGGGUGGGCAUAAAAGGCAACGUAUCUCUGGGACGCAAAAACAAUGCUCUUAAAAAAAUCGAAGAGGGGCUGCUGAGCCUACAGCCACACUUCUCUUGGGAUGGGCUGACAGGGGAAACAUGUGGCAACAAGUCCGAAGUACUCCAACAGUCAAAACGGAUGUGUAUCAGUGGUCGUGAAUUUAAAAACAAUGACAACAACCUCUAUUCUCUUUCCUGCAGUUGGUCUUCCUUCCCCAGGGUUAUCCUGAAAGUGUGAGUUCAGACUACCUGGCCUACCAGAUUUGGGACACGGUGCAGGUGAAGGCUCUAUUCUCCAUCCUGGUGGGGCAGGGGUGGGGGUGGUCUGCUUUUCAGUGGGGUGAUUGGUUUCCAACAUCCUGCUCGCCCUCUUCAUUAUCAGAGGCUGGAAAAAGUGAGGGCAUCAGUUCUGUGGAGGGUAUUUUUUAAAGGAAGUAUUUUGGCUUGGAUGAAACUGUGGUUUGAGGCAGGAUAGGAUAUCGAAGGCCCAAGGGAAGGUCUCAAACUGGUGGUUAAGUGGGGCAAAAACCCUCCUCUGUUCUGACCUAACUGCCCCCCUCUCUUUUCCCUGCCCCAACCCAGGCCUUUGCCAGUAGCAUCACAGGGACUCUGGCCACCCAGGCUGUGCUGAAAGGGGUGGGAGUCGGGGAUGAGGCUUCAACCGUCACGGCUGCCACCGUCACCUGGAUCCUGAAAGGUGGGACUUGCCCUUCGGUUAAUCCUCUGUGACUUUUCCUCUUCUGAUCCUUUCCCACAGUUAAAAGUAGCUCGAGGUGCUUGCUUGGAACUUUAAAUAAAUGCUCAGUAAGCGUUUAAACAACACUUAAUUUACUGGUGCCCACAAAAUCAAACCCUCUUUACUGCCCCACAACAUUUAGGAACAUCAGAAACAGAAGGGCUAACAGUAUAAACAGUACAACUAAUGCAAUAGAGCCCAUGGCUGAAUGUGGCCUAAGUUUCGGCAAGCGGGGGGGGGGGGAGGGAGAAUGUGCCAUGUAAAACUGCUCCCUCAGAGCCUUUCCCCAACUCUGUUCAUCUUGAUUUGAACCCAGAACCACUCAGGUUAAGGUGACCCCCCUCAGCACUGUUCUCCCUUUUCCAGUUCAUUCCUCAUCUGGCCAGCAAUAUAGUCUCUACCCCACUCCAAAAAGAAGCUCUUGUAACUUGCAGAUUCAAACUGUGUUGCGAGCCAGCUUCCUGUAACCUCCAGUCUCAUGUGGACCAGUUGCCCCUUUGUGGCAACCACUGAUGUGUGCUCUCUAUCCCUUCUUCUUCAGAUGGGACAGGGAUGCUGGGCCGAAUUCUCUUUGCCUGGAGUAAGGGGUGAGUCCUGCUUCCGCCCUGUGUUGUUGGUGCUAGUGGGGGGUGGGGGGGAGGAAAUGUGCUAGCGCGGGACUGUUCAUGUUUUAUUUAUUCCUGUGCAUUGCUGGAUCAGGCCAAAGCCCCAUCUAGUCCCACCCCCUGUUCAUGCAGUGGCCAACCAGAUGCCUAUGGGGAGCCCAGAAGGAGGACCUGAGGGCAACAAAGAGUUUUCCCCACUUGAGAUUUUCUACCCCCCAUGAACACAGAGACAUGCUGCCACUGGCAGCGGAGAUGGAACAGAACCAUCAUGGCUAGAAGCCAUUGCUAUCCCACCUUUCCUUCAAGGUGGCACUCAUGAUUUUACACCCCCUGCCCCAAUGUUAUCCCUACAACAAUCUUAUGAGGUAGGCUAGGCUGCAAGGGGGGCCUUCGUGGCUGAGUGGGGGUCUGAACCUUGGUCUUCUGCCCAGUCCUAAUCUGACAUUCUGACCACCAGCUGUUUUCUGAGUUUGAUCUCUGUGGGGCCCUGUCCUCCUCCUUUCCCACAUUAUCCCAUUUCCUUUUUAUCUUCCAGGAGCAAACUGGACUGCGAUGCGAAGCAAUGGAGGUAAAGAGGGGUGUUUUGACCCCAACUUCAUAGGUGUCCUCCUCUCUAGCUGCAUGUCUAAAAUUGGGUACAAAUCCAGUACUUUAUCACCAACUGUACUUUCUGUUGGUUCAUUAGCUAGGACACAUUUAGACAUAUGUUCCAGUUGGAAGGACAGUUUAUGGCUUUGCUUGAGUGCUAGUUUUGGUUUACAGGCACACAUAUGUCGCCGUCCGUAGUAUAAUAAGAAACAAGACCAGUAGUAGCCUUAUUUGGUGUGCGUUUACUUAUUAAUUUCACUGAUCGCUCCAACUUUGGUGGCGUUUGAUGGCGUUUGAAAUACGUUGAAAUAUAUGCCCCCCUCUCUCUGUGUGUACAUAUGUAUGAAUAUUAUUGACUACUGGGGAAUACAAUAAAGGCAAAAUGUGUUUGGGUUUAUUUUACUGAGUUUGUUUGUAAUUGUUUAUACUUGUGAUAUAAAAUGAUUUUAUAACACCAGUCCCACAUUAUUUAAGUUUGUAUUGUAUGGAUAUUUAGAUUCCAGGUUGUCGUUAAUUGCCUUCUUGUGGGUGUUGUGCUUAGACAGACACUUGAUGGGUCAGUGUUUUCUCUUUGAUUGACAUUUAAUACCCCCCCAAAAAACCACACCUCUUAGGCUCUUUGCUGAUGUCCUGAAUGACAUGGCCAUCUUAAUGGAGAUCCUGGCCCCAGCAUUCCCAGCAUGCUUCACUCUCAUUGUGUGCCUCAGUGGCUUCUUCAAGGUAAAAAUAAAUAAAUGAGGAGGGAUGGGAGUUGGCUUGGUGAGAUGCUGGGAUAAUUGAGAUGUGAAACUGGAGUGGAACUUGGUGGCUAUAACUGGGUGAGACAUUUAUUGUAAGGUCACGUUCACACAAUAUGUUAAAAGGACUAUGGUGCCACUUUAAACAAUUGCGGCUUCCUCCAAAGAAUUCUGGGACCUGUAGUUUACCCUCACAGAACUACAAUUCCCAGAGUUCACUGGGGAUUGGCUGUUAAACCACCCUGGGAAUUCUACUCUGGGAGGAAAAUCAGGGGUCUUUUAAGAAUUCUCCACACCCUUAACAAGCUACAGCUCCCAGAAUUCUUUGGGGGAAGCCACAGUUUAACCUGGUAUGAUAGUGCUUUAAAUGUAUGGUGCAAAUGUGGCCUAAGGCUUCUGUGAGCCAGUAUUGGGACAAAGCUUGGUGUCCGUUUUCAUCCUAAUUUUACUGAUGGGUUGUGGAUACCCCGGGGGGCUGAGGAGGUCCCAAGGCACAAAUGGGCUGGGCUACUCGUUAGAAGCAUCUGUCCAAGGAAAGGAUUGGGUGACAUAUUUUACAGGAAUAUAUGGCCCGUGUCCUGACCCACCCCCACAAGUUUACUACACUCAGUUAUCAGAACUGCCAGAAUGGCCAGAUGUCACGCCCAAUCAGAUUAAGAGGCUAAUCGCAAGCCAACUAGCUAAUAAAGCUCCAGGAGAAGACAUGAUCCCAAUGGAGAUCUAUAAGAUCAGAUCUGAUUUCUGGUCUCCCAUUUUUGCAAAAUUGUUUUCAUACAUUAACAGCUCAGGUCGCAUACCUGAAGGGUGGAAGUUGAGUAUAAUUGCCCCAAUAUAUAAAAAGGGUGAUAAGAAAAACCCUGCCAAUUAUAGACCCAUUAGUUUGUUAGAUGUAGCCUCCAAACUAUAUGCCAGGCUCCUUCUUGGGAGACUAGAAGAAUGGGCAGAUACAAAUAAGGUGAUAUCUGAAGUCCAGGCAGGUUUCCAAAGAGAGAAAUCCACAUUGGACCAGUGCUUUGUGAUGAACUUUCUGCUAUGUAAAUACAUCCAUAAUUUGAAGCAAAAAUUAUAUGUUGCUUUUAUCGAUCUAAAGUCAGCUUUUGAUACGGUCCCAAGACAUGCAUUGUGGCAAAAAUUGGAAAAGACAAAUAAUAAUAAUAAAUAUAGACCUCCGUCUAUUAUUUCUCAUCAAAACAUUAUAUACUGACACAUCAAUACAAGUAAAGGUGGAUCUGGCUGGCCAUCUCGCCACUAGAAUUAAGACCAUUACUGGAGUCAAACAGGGAUGCAUUUUGGCACCUUUCCUGUUCAAUUUUUAUAUUAAUGACAUGGUUAAAGAACUGGAGGGCCUACAGUUUGCCCCUGUCACAAUUCUCGACCAAAAAACUCUCAGUUUUAAUGUAUGCUGAUGACCUAGUACUUAUAUCUAGAACCCAGGUGGGCCUGAGACGGCUGCUUGCAAAAUUAAGUUCAUAUUGCACGAGGAAUGCUUUAUCUAUAAACUAUGAUAAGACGCAGGUCAUUGUAUUUGGGAAGCGUUCUAAAAAGCAUGUUUGGCACCUGGAUGAACACAUCAUAAACCAAGUAUAUACGUUUAAAUACCUGGGAUUGAUUUACUCAGAAACGGCAUCUUGGAAUACACAGCUAUCCAAUAUUAAAUUGCAAGCCUUUAAAUCAGCAAAAGCUAUUCUGAAAUUCGCUGCCUGUAAAGGUGGAAAUUAGGUCAACCCAGCUCUAUCUGUGUAUAAAGCAAAAACAAUGGCCCAGAUUUUAUAUAGUGCAGAGGUUUGGGGUACCUCAAAGGUCUCGGGUUUGGAACCCCCACAGAAUUAUUUUUUAAGAGUUCUUUUAGGUUUACCCAAAGACGUGCAAUCUGCCAUGGUCAGGUUGGAAACUCGCAUGUUGAGCAUAGAGAGCCAAAUAGAUAAAAUAAUUCUCUGUUACUGGUUUAGAGUUCAACAGAUGGACAACACUAGGCUACCAAAAAAAUGCCUGAUUGAGCUUUCGAAUGGAUUACCCUUAAAAACUGGGUACAUCAUGCUGCCCAACUGAUGGGCAAAUAUGACCUCUCAGUGACUGAGAUUAAAGAACUUCCCUUAUAUUCCCAGAAAAAUAUCUUUAAACGAACUAUAAGGGCAGUGGCAACUAAAAACGAUCUAAACUCUAUGUGCACAUCUACAUGCGCCCCAUUGUAUUUUAAACUUAGAGAGGCCAAUGAACACAUAUCUUAUUUUAAUGAAUUGACCUUUGCACAACUUCGAAAAGCUUUUACAGAGCUAUGACUAAAUACAAUAAGCUCUGCUUAUAGAGAUGGGAGACACAGAGGCAUACCAAAAAACGAACGUGUCUGUAUUAGGGGAUGUUCUGAAGUAGAGGACCUUAUGCAUUAUAUCUUGCACUGUCCUUUAUAUAAUGAUGCAAGAAAAAGAUUUUUAGUACCUAUAAUGACAGGGUCCCCUGGCCAGAACCCCUUUGACAUGAUUUUAUAUCUCCUCGCAGACACAGAUAAGUAUGUGACCUGGCGUGUAGCACUUUUUGCAACUGCUGCUAGGAAAAUUAGAGCAAAUUAUAUAGCCAAGGUAGCCAUUAACUGUAAAGGAGAUGAAUUUAUUUGAUCCUAUCUAUCUACCUCAGGCUAUGCUCUAUCUUUGUCACCAAACUCUGAGUAUAAAUUGCACACUGUAUUAAUUUUGUUUUUAACAUUAGUGACCAUGUGAUGAUUUUAGCUUAUGAAUUUUAUUGUUUAAUGUUUUUAUUUGUACAUUGGGGUACUUUUAUAGCUCUGUUUAGAGUACGUAAUGUUUUAAUAAUAUAAAUGUUUUAAGUCUUUUUUAUCAAUUCAGUAUAUUUUCUUUUAAUUGUCAAAUAAUUCUGUGUACAUUGCGGCAGCCUUUGGCUAUGUGCAAUAAAACUGACUGAGGCUGAGACUGACUGAGGAGGUCAUGGUGUCGUGUUCUGUUGUUUGUUUGGAGGAGUAUGUAGUUGUGUCUGUGUGUGACCCACAAACUUUGUGUUCUCCUUCCAUCUCCAUUUUUCUCUCUGCUCCAGUGCAUUGUGGGAGUUGCUGGAGGGGCCACUCGGGCAGCCCUCACCAUGCACCAGGCCCGGCGGGACAACAUGGCCGAUGUUUCGGCCAAAGAUGGAAGCCAGGUGAGAGUGCUAGGGGGCGUGGAUGGAAUGAGGCAUGCGUUGGCCAACUCUUGUUAGGGCUGUGCAAGGCCUGAGGCCUACCAUUUGCCUUCUGGUGACGUCCUCUCUCGCUUACCCAGGAGACCCUGGUGAACCUAGCUGGCCUCUUCUUCAGUCUUCUCCUCAUUCCUCUUGUAGCAGACAAUCUCCGGUGAGUGGAAGGAUGCUGCCUCUCUCUCUCUGCAUGGUAGGUAGGGAGGUGGGCUGUGGAAGAGUCAGGUUUUACAAGGAUAGAAGGAAUGGAAGUGUUUGGCAGGGGCCACUGAGGGACAGAAGACAGUCCUUUCCUAGGUGAGUCUUUUCUCUGAUUUGUCUGCUUCCUUUCCCUUCAGCCUCACUUAUUCUCUCUACGGCCUCUUCACUGCCUUGCAUCUCUACGCCAAUUAUAGGGCGGUACGAUCCGUCUGCAUGGAGACCCUCAACCGUGCCCGGCUCCGCCUGGUCUUGCGGCAUUUUUUGCAGCAGGGUAAAGUGCUGGGACCUGCUCUCGCCAACCCUCAGGAGCCUCUGGUGCCAGGUAACAAAGGGCUUGCGUGUAGGGGGAAGGAGGAGUGGUGCCGCCUGAGAGCUUUGGCCAUGCUCGUGCCAUCCGUCUCCUCUUCUUCUCCCCCACCCCAUCCUUUGGUGGGAGAGGGAGAUCAUAAAUCUGACAGUCACAUUAUGCCCCAGGUCAGAGAUGGGGAACCAAAUGCAGCCCUCCAGGUCUCUCUGUAUCACUCGCUCAGCUCUCCUCAGUGACAUCUCCAGUUGUAGAUAAGAGCCAUAGUCUAAAACAUCUGAAGGGUAUAAGGUCAGGGAAGGUUUGGCCAGCGUGUCUGUCACAGUGGUGACCUACCUUGGUUUCGCCAACAUGGUGGGACUUCAGCAAAAGGCCCUCAGGAUUGCAUCCUUAAAAACCCAGUGGUUUUUCACCCGCCAUAUCUAGGGUUUCAGCAGGAGCUCAGGAUGAACCUUGGGACACCACUCCACACUGUGGCCUCCAGGUGAGUAAGAACUAUCUGGUGCCCCUUUAACCCUCCAUUCUCUGGAAGAUAAUUUGUUCCUAAGCUUGCCGUUUCUUCGUGAAGUUUUCAACGCACUUACUAUAACUAAAAAUGUCCAAGUGCAUGACAUGUGGUGUGGUGGAGUCUCCUUCUUUGGAGGUCUUUAAGCAGAGGCUUGACAACCAUAUGUCAGGAGUGCUCUGAUGGUGUUUCCUGCUUGGCAGGGGGUUGGACUCGAUGGCCCUUGUGGUCUCUUCCAACUCUAUGAUUCUAUGAUUCUAAAAAUGAUGAAAGCAAUAGCAAUAACAAUCGAAUAAGAUUUCCUAGAAAACUGGUUUAAAAACAAAAGACGUACCAUAUUUUUCACCCUAUAGGACACACUUUUCCCCCUCCAAAAAUGAAGGGGAAAUCUGUGUGCGUCCUAUGGGGCGAAUACAGGCUUUCGCUGAAGCUUGGAGAGGGAGAAGGGUUGGUGCGCACCGACCCCUCUUGCUCUCCAGGCUUCAGGAAGCUAUCAGCAAGCCUGGGGAGCCCGCGGGAGUUCCCGCAGGGCUCCCUAGGCUGCGGAUAGCAGCCUGCUGUCUGGCGCGUGGGCGCCCUGAAGCAGAGCGCCCCGCGCACUGGGCAGACAUCGGCCAGCCCCACAAGCUCGGGGGACAGCGGGUAGGUGCAGAGCCGCCAUCCCGCUGUUCCCCGACCUGGUUUUGGGGGGGAAAUUAAGGAAAACAUUUUUUCCUUUAUUUCCCCCCCAAAAAACUAGGUGCAUCCUAUGGGACGGAGCGUCCUAUGGGACGAAAAAUACGGUACAUAUCACGAAUGAAACUGAGUAGUGUACAGAACAGAGAAUUAAACAUGUAAGAGUCCAGGACAGGCUUGGAUAAGCGGGCUUUUGAAAGUGUCACAAAUUUCUUGAGGGGAAGGCAUGCCAGAGGGUGGGGGUCGAUCACUUCCGCAUUGUUGCCAAGUGACAGUGUGUAAAUAUAACCUGGAAAAGGUGUCUAUAGGAAUUUUUAAAGUAAUGUAUUUCAAAAGUACGAAAACCCCCAUACAUUUAUUCUAAUGAAAGGCAGGCUUCUAGAUGCAGCCUUUGGUCCCAGGGCCUAAACUUAUUCUUCCUGGGUGCAGAGGAGUCCCAGAGGUUUGUCUUUCAGAUUGAAUUUCCCAUCCUGGCCAUGGUACACCUGCAUCACUUUUUGGCAUUCAUGAAUUUCUCUUCCAACUCCAACCAGAGUUGCAGAUUUCCAGAAAGCCCUUGAAGGGAAUGCCACAAAUCACUUAAUCUUCUUCAACCGAGCAGCAGGUGGGUCGGUGAGAAAGUUGCAUAUAUGAAGUGUCUGGCGAUUAAGAGCGCAAUACUAAUCUUGUCUACUCUAUUGAAUUCAGUGGGGCUUACUCCCAAGUAAAUGGGGUUAGGAUUGCAGCCUGAGGCAUGUGUGAAGUUUCCUAGCAAUGUGGCAUGAGAAAGAGAGAGGUUGCAAAUGAGUUUGGGUUGUUGUUUUUUAAUUUCAUACAUAUAUCCUUUUUGCAUCACAUUUUUUAUUUUGUAUCCCCCCCCCAAUUACUAGAUUGUUGUAUUUUGUUUACAGUCUGCCGCAGAGCAUAUAUUAAUGUAGAAAGGUGGGGUGUAAACUGGAGUAGCAGAAGCAAUAACAAUAGAGAUGGAUAUUUCAAGGGGCAGCGAAGUUUGGACCAUGAACUAAAGUUACCUGUUUUUUAAAUUGGUCCUGAAUUCCCAAUCCCGGUUGAUGGCUUCACUCUCUGCCAGAGUAAAGGCUGGUCUGGAUGCAACCUCUGGCGGCAGAUUUGGGGUCCUAGUAGAAAGGUGUUUCAGCAUGUGAGAUACUGAGCACCAUUUUGGCUGUGAGUCCAGGAAAACCUGCUGCCUGCCUUACAGGCCUUACAGGACUGACUCCAGCUACAAAAACUGCUGAACACACUCCUAGGCUGUGGUAUUGUUUAAGUUGGGGUUGUUGUUCUUUUUUUUUUGUUAGUUGAUGGUAUUGAUUUCUGUAUCUUUAUUUUCAGAUCUUAUUAUUUAUGUUGAAAUUGUUUCAAUUUGGUUGUGUACUUUUUAAUGUGUUUUAUUUAUUGUUUAUUACUUUGGUUAGGUUUGCAAUGGUGUAAAUCUCGUCACGUUGGAAGCCACCUUGAGCACAGUUUUAACCAGUGUUUUUUCCCCUAAAAAAAACGUUUAGGGGUACUCUCAUUUUGACUCAAGAAAAUCACCAUUUGAUAGUUCAAAUAAGGAAAAAUAAAUACAGUAAAUGGACAAAAGUACAAAGAUUCACAAAAUGUUUAGGGGCAUGUGUACCCCUGCGCCCCCCCUGAAAAAAGCACUGGUUUAAACUAUGGAAAGGUGGCAUACAAAUAAAACGAUGAUGAUGACCUUGCCCCACCUCUCUCCCUCCAUCCCCAGGGACUGUCUCCAUUCUCCUACACCGACUGGCAGGAAGCGUGGAUGUAAUUAAAGCCUGCACUCACGCCUUCCUCCUGGAAGUCCUGCUGUACCAAGACGGGACAACGUCUGCCUUGGAGGAAGAGUCUUUCCUGAAUCUGCAGCGUAGGCUUCGUGAAGGUGAUGAACCAGGAGGGAAGGGGAGUGGGGAGCAAGUACAGCUUUCCCCUUCAAUUUCUGGCAUCUCCACUUAUAAGACGGGUGAAGAAUCUUACCCUCCGCUCCUGUGGAGAGUGGCAGGUGGGCCCAGAGCUAAAAGUGGGCGGGACAUCCUUCUUGUGUCUCUUUUUCCACGGCCCACUUCCUCCCGCCCUCCCCCAUUUCUGCCCUUUGGGCCACCUGCAUGAAAUCAGGUUGAGGACUGUCUGAAAUCAGGCAGAGGGGUACGUGGUGGUGUAGUGUAGUGGUUAGAGUGCUGGACCUGGGGGAGCAGGGUUCAAGUCCCCACUCCACAAGGAAGCUGACAGGGCUACUUUGGGUCAGUUCUUCUCUCAGAGGGUUGUAGAUGAGGAUAAACUGAGGAGGAGGAGAACCUCGUACACGACCACAUGUUUCUUGGAAGAAGGGGGGGCAGAGAUAGAAAUGUAUUAAUAAAACAAAAUUAAAACAGCUGUCCACCCGAGGCUUAAAGGAUAUGACUUAAAGGGUUGGGAAGGUGAUCUUUCUCUCUGACAUUGUACCGCCUGUCAAAAUGGAUGACGCUGGGUUGUCAGGCAGCAUAAAGACAGCUGCUUCCGUCCUUAUUUUCCGUCGUGUGUUUUUUUUUUUAAGAGAGAGAUUUCCCCCUUCCUAUUGGGCUGCUCCUUGAUAGUUUAUUUUAUUUGCGUUUAUAGCCCACCGUAUACUUAGAGCUCAAGUUCGAACCAUGUACCCAUUUUAAUAUGCUGUGCUCUUUUCUUGGUGUAGCUCUGCCCAGGGCGGAUGCUCUGAUUUCCUUCUUUUUUUUCUUUUUUGGAUCAUUCAGAACCUGAGAAUAAGGACAGCACUGCAACUUCUGAAACACAUCAGCUGUUGGACAAAAUAUUUCCCAAAUUCCUGGCAGGUACAGUGGGGUCGUGAUAUAGAUGCUGACCUUUACUUAGAAAACAAAAAAUAAAUAUUCUGAAUGCAGCACCGAGCAAAGCUACAUUUCCAUGACCUGUGUAAGUUACGAAAAUUAGGUAAGUUAUGAAAAUUUAAUAGACUUGCAUCUAGCUGCUUGUUUAGAUGUACAUAAUAAUAAGAUUAGUAUACUAGUAUAUUAAUUAGAUCUGGGGAAAGGGAAUCACCCCUGUUAGAACCCCUGCUCAGAUCUUCUCAGAACUUUUAUCAGGCUUUGCCCAUCACAGAUUUUCGACUUAAUCCAAAGGAGUGGAAACUUGCUUUCCUUUAAAAAGACUGCAGAAGUUUUUAUGAUUUCUCAUGCUGUUUCUGCUUGCAAGAAUCCUCACUCCCCCCCGCCCUGAAAAACCAUUCAGUCCUGCUUAUAUUUCACUCUUCUGCAUUGUCCUGUAUCAGAGAGGGAGAGCAGGAAAGUGUAGGUUGAGAAUUAAUUGAAUGUAUAGCUAUAGCUAAACAAGACUCCCUUCCUUUCACUUUGGACCCACCCAUCUCUUCCAAGGAUUGACAGCAGCAGGAUGGGUAACAGACCGGAACCUUCUGGGCCCUGAUGAGUGGCGCAUGGAUUGGACCAUCCCUGAAAAGAAAACCCUUUAACUCCAGGAGACGUUUAACAUAACGACUUGCUAAAGCCUUGGAAAGAGUGGCUCUCAGUUGCCACAGUGAUGCCAGAGGUGCUGCCUUUGCCUCACGUGGGGUUGUCAGAGUUUUUAAUGCCAAAAUGGAGGGGAGCGCAGGGUACCUGCUCCCUCCCUGAUUUGUUGAGGGUGAGAGGGAAACACAAAAAUAAACCCUUUUUUUAUUAACAUGAAGUUUAAAAGUGAUUCUUCUUUUGCAUUUUGUGUGUGAAAAUCUUAUAUACGUGCGUGUAGUACUUUUGCAGUACCGAUAACUUCC